UAGUGCUCUGCUUUUGGUAUGAAUGUGUGCUGACCUUUGUAUUGCAGGAUUCAAUGUCAACCAUUUAGACAUUGCCCCAAGGUAUGCCAGCAUCUUAAUGGGGAUUUCUAAUGGAGUCGGGACCUUGUCUGGAAUGGUUUGCCCUAUAAUUGUGGGAGCAAUGACAAAGAACAAGACACGUGAAGAGUGGCAGUAUGUAUUCCUCAUUGCUGCUUUGGUUCAUUAUGGAGGUGUUAUCUUCUAUGGCAUAUUUGCUUCAGGAGAGAAACAACCCUGGGCAGAUCCUGAACAAACAAGUGAAGAGAAAUGUGGCUUUAUUCAUGAAGAUGAACUUGCUGAAGAGACAGGGGACAUUACUCAGAAUUAUGUAAAUUAUGGUACCACCAAGUCUUAUGGUGCUACAACCCAGGUCAACGGUGGCUGGCCUAAUGGUUGGGAGAAAAAAGAGGAAUUUGUACAAGAGGAAGUACAAGACUCAUAUAACUACAAGGAAGGAGAUUAUUCAUAACAAAUCUAAAUAUUGGGUAUAUUUUGUAGUGUUUGUGAUUAAAUUCAUUGUGAUUGUUUGCACACAGAAAUAAAAUGUGGUAUAAACAUGUAAACACAUAUCAAACAGGAAGGUCUUACUGUAAAAAAAAUCCAUUAAAGUGCAAUCUGUAUGAGUUGUGACAUGUCAUCACUUUCAUUAGGUUAUAUUUGUUCUAUAAACAUUAGAGUUUUAAGGGUUUACUGGUCAAAACUAUAGAGGCAGUUAGAUACUUACAGUAUACAAGAGCUAAAACUCAUAACUAAGGAUUAAAGCACAACUAAGCAACCGAGUUGGCACAUCUAAUGCUCUUUUUAGAAAGCCAAAACUACUUGACCAUUAAAAAUGCACUUAUAUAUUUGUUACACUGUAUUGAAAGAGAUUGUGUUAAAUACACACGUUUACUCAGUGCAAUGUAGGAAUUGUGUGUUUAGUCUAAGACAAGAGCUUUCUUAAAGAAGAAAGGUUGAGUCCUAGGCAUUUACAGAGGAUUGAUCCAGUUCCUUUGGUGGUAAUUGUAUCAAGCCUAAAGAACAAAUAGGGCAUAUUGUAUGUUUAUCGUGAUUACAUGCUGCAGGCUACUCUGUGAUGAAUAAAGGAAUUAUUUAGGAGUUUUAUACUGAAUGUUUGGGCACAAAUUCUUAUUUCUAUUCUUUACAGAAUCUUAUGAAAUUAUAGACAUUGUCAUGUUCUUCCCUGAGUCUAUCAACUAAUAUAGAAACAAUAUAUAAUGUUAAGUCUGACUUUUCAUGCAGACUGUCAAAUCCCUUUAUCGAAAACCAAGCUUUAUUACUCUUUUCUUUGCAGUAUAUUCCAACUUUGUACUGGGGUCUUUAGAGAGAGAGAAAAAAAACAGUAUAACCUAGAAAAAGAUAUAGUCUUUUACAAAAUUCCAAAGAGAAAUUUACUAUGAGCAAGUAGCCCUAAGAAAAAGGAUGUAUUUGUUUUGCAGAAUAUUUUGAAGCCAAUAGAAGAAACAGAGAAUAAUUUAACCCUUGUUCUUCCCUUAAUAGCUUUCAUAUUUUUACACAUCGCGCCACAGUUGUAUACAUAGAUAUAAGUUUAUUGAAAAUACUGUAAUUAUAGAAAAUGUUGCUAUUUUAGAAAUCCCUGGAAUAAAAA